AUGCCGUUCGGGAUGCGUAACUCCUCAGCCUUCUUUCAGCAAGUGAUGGACACGGUGCUGAGGGAUGUGGACUGCGCAGCCUGCUAUAUUGAUGACGUGAUCAUCUUCAGCAAGGACCCCGAAUCGCACGUGGCGGAUGUAGAGAGGGUCCUGGGGGCAAUCAUGGAAGCGGGGCUGACAUGCCACCCGGGCAAGUGCAAGUUCGGAGAAAGCACAGUAAAAUACCUGGGGUUCGAGGUGUCGGACGGAACCCUGUCGGUCCAAGAAGCGAAAGUGGCAGUCCUCGACAAGGUGGCGGUGCCGACGGAUCACAGCAGGCUGAGGGCAGUCUUGGGAUUCCUGAACUAUUACAGAUAG